GUCAUUUCUUCCUUCCUUUCUUUUGUAGGUGAUGCGAUACACAUAUACUAAUGAUAGAUCCACACAUCUUCUACAUCAAAAGUAGAAUUGAAAAUUAUGAUCCACACAUCUUCUACAUCAAAAGUGGAAUUGAAAAUUUUGGGAAAGGAUUCCACUAGUGAAAAUCGCUCCCAAGAUCUUGCUCAAAAUCAGGCCUACUUUUGUAAAUUCAAGAACAGUUCCUUUACACAAAAUCUGUUGCUUUUGCUUAUACUUCAAAAUUAGUUCUCGCCGUCAAAAAUCCAGUUCUUCAAUCGAUCCAAUACCGUAACCAUCCAAACAAAAAGUUCAACGAACUCACAGUUCAUUGGCAAAAUUCUACGCCAUUGCAUCUCUUGAUCGUUUCAAUUAGCGAAGGGGAAGAGAUUUCAGUGAAAACCCAUCGAACCCGACUCCCGUUUUGAACCCAAUUCCACUUCAAACUUAGAACGUUAUCAAUCUGCUUCAUUUCAUCUUUGAUUUGGAUGCAAAGCGCUCUCGAAGGAUUAGGACUUUCUAUUCAUGAAUUUAGACAGCGGAUCAGGGCCAGCACACAACUCUAUUGAAGUUAACACUCAUGCAGCUGAAGGAAAUGUAAUUUUGGAGCCAUAUGUGGGUAUGGAGUUCGAUUCUGAAGAUGCUGCCAGAAGAUUCUAUGCUGAAUAUGCCAGGCAAAUGGGGUUUGUAGUAAGAACCAUGCAGCGACGUCGUUCAGGAAUUGAUGGAAGAACACUAGCCCGGAGGCUUGGAUGUAAUAAACAAGGUUUCUCUCCCAAUCAUAGAGGAAUUUAUGGAUUGGAUAAAAAAUCACGGCCUAGUGCACGAGAGGGCUGCAAGGCAACAAUUUUGGUCAAAAUGGAGAAGUCUGGAAAAUGGGUGGUUACACGAUUUGUGAAGGAUCACAAUCAUCCCUUAGUUGUUUGUUCCAAUGGUUUCAACAGUUCGGGCGAUAAAGAUAAGAAGAUCGAGGAACUCAAAAUGGAGUUGGAGCAUCAGGAGCAACUAUGCAUGGCUUAUAGGGAAAAGCUGUUCAAUUUUAUCUCUAAAGUGGAGGAAGAAACAGAAGAAUUAUCUUCAAAAAUACAAGUGAUCAUUGGCAAUGUAAGGCAAGUGGAAUCUGGAAUGCAAAAACAUUAUCCAUGUCGACAAUAGUAAAUUAAUAUGAAUAUGCAGAGAAUUGAAAAUUUGAGUCUCAAUAAUUCUUCUACAUAAUUUAGGAAUGUACAGUAGUCAUUGAUGUAUUGAACUGAAGAUGAGAGUCUUGAACUCUUAUAUUAUACAUGUUAGUUAAUGAAUUUCA